CUAAGCUCCUGCCACCCGCCGCUCCAAACCUCACGCUUUCCUUUCGAUGUCUUGGGCUGGGAAACAGCGAAAUCCGGUCUACAGCAUCAAAGUGACGGAGUACGAAAGCAUAACGCUAACAUGAGAUGUGCCAUCGGGACAAUGUCCUGUUUCACCUGCUCUCGAACAGUCUAUACGAGGUCUGGCUGCUCGAAUCGCACAGAGCUAACAUGCUCAACAUGCACUUGCUGCGUUCGCACGUCUCCUCCUUCGGCUCUCAGCUAAAUUGUUUUGGUCACGACUUCUCUUUAUAUCCUAAAGUCAUGAGAUUCCGACCGAUCAGGAUGUGGCCACAAUCAUCCACUUACCUGGGCCAGCAUAUCAUUUCUCCCACGACCCAUCAUAUCACUCCGAUUGUCACUCGAACUUCUCCUCCACAUCUUUCUGUCUAUCAUUGAUUCUAUCCCCAUUCGUCAUGGCGGAUCCAGCUGCGGUUUCUGAUGUGCCUCCUGUGGAAGAACCCGAAGCGCCUACCGAGCCAGAGCCCGCUCCAGAACCUCUAGCAGAGCCGCCUGCUGACCCAGCACCCGAAGAGGCUGCCCCAUCCACUCCUAAGCCUGUUGUUGAACCAGAACCAGAACCAGAAUCGCAAGCGGAGCCCGAGGCAGCACCUGAGAAGGCACCAGAGCCUGUAGUCGAAGCUCUGCCUGAGCCAACAGACGAGCCCAUAUCCAAGAACCCACCUGAGCCUGCUGCCGAGCUGGCGCCCGAACCUGCUCCCGAAGAACCAGUCGCAGAGCCGCCAGCCGGAGAGUCUGAAGCUGCACCUGCUCCGGUUCAACGUUCCAUGGAUCCUGAAAGGGAACCAGAGCCAGAGUCUGAAAGUGUUCCAGAAGAAUCGCCAGUAGAGCCAUCAGCUGAAGAACUGCCAACGGAACCUCGAACCUCAGAACCUGAAGCUACACCUGCUCCGUUGCAACGUUCUGUCGACCCUGAGCCUGAGCUACAUACUGAACCUGAAGCUGUUCCUGAAGAACCUCCAGCUGAAGUACCUGAAACAGAAUCCCCAAUCGAACCUUCACCAGCAGUACCCGAAGCGGUUCCACCAGCAGAGCCUGAGCCUACAGCAGAGCCAACGUUGCAAGUGCCAGCUAUAGCACCUGUCGAAACCGAACCUAUAGAACCCGCGCCAGCAAGUGAGCAAGUGCCUGAGCCUGCCGCUGCUCCUGAAGCUGAGGCCGAGGCUGAAUCUACACCUGUGCCUGUCACGAGGGUAGCCGAAGCAGAAGAAGGCGCUGGGGCAGUAACUGAGCCUGAAACCGUGGCAGAAGAACCCGAGCCAGCACCGGCUACUGAGCCUGGAGUUGCCCCUGAUUCCGGAGCAGCAGAGCCAGGAGCACCUACCGAACCUGCACCCGAACCAGAAGCCGCGCCUGCAUACACAGCUGCAGAGACAGAGGACGUGCCAACUACAUCUCCAGAAGCUCUUGCACCUGAACCCACACCAUCUGUAGCAGAAACAGAAGCACCAGCUCCUUCUGUGGCAACGACGACUGCCCUCCCCGCAUACACUAUACUGGAUCCCAAUUUCACAGCUACCUGUGUACUAAUGUUCUCCAGAAAAACUCGCAAGCGCGACAAGGUCAAGCUACUUGCAGCUAUGCGUGCACCACCCGAGUCUGUUCCUAUCAUGGUGCUUCUCCGCCAGAAGAAGAAGGCUGGUGAGGAUGUCAAGGCUAUAGCAGACGCUAUGCUUGCAGCUGCAGGAUCGUGAAAUGAGUUGGAAGAUUGGUAUUUAGAUCGUGGUGGUGAACUUCA